AUGACAAUGGGCGAUGAAUUACCCGUCACUUCCUUGGUUUUACCAGUUCUUAUACGUCCAGUAUUAUCUCAGCUUGAAAAAUACCAUGUUGGUGGAUCUCAGACAUUACGUGCAGCUCUAACUAAAGCUGAAGCUGCAAUCCCUGGUCUUAAUUAUGAUUUGGUUGCUGGUAUUAUGCGACGGGCGGAAAUCCCUGUAAACAUGAAUGAGAGUUUGCUCCGCUUACAAGGAACAUUGACUGAGGCCGAAUGUACAGAUUUAAGACUGAACAGAUCUGAAGAGGCUUUCCAAGAAUUAAAUAAAAAGUCUGCAGCUCUAAAGAAAAUACUGAGUCGAAUUCCUGAUGAAAUAACAGAUCGUAAAACAUUCCUGGAAACUAUUAAAGAAAUUGCUUCUGCUAUUAAAAAACUUCUUGACGCCGUCAACGAGGUUUCAACUUACACUCCUGGGCCUGGUAAACAAGCUCUGGAACAGAGAAAAAGAGAAUUUGUUAAAUAUUCUAAACGAUUCUCAAACACUCUUAAAGAGUAUUUUAAGGAGGGACAGGCUAACGCUGUUUUUGUCAGUGCUUUGUAUUUGAUACACCAAACAAACCAGAUACUAUAUACAGUAAAAAAUUUGCGAAACAGUUCCCACAGGACGCAAGAGGGUCACUCGUGGGACAACACUUCUAUUGUCAGCGGUUGCGCAAGCGCCGGGUCCACCGCGGUAGUGGGGUGCACCCGGUUGGGGCAUCUGUUCCCUGUCGUGGGAGUGUGCAUGGAAACUGAUCGCACAUCACCAACAAUAACACACAAAUCAAUGAGGCGACGGCUACAGUGGCAGGUCGAAUGCAAUACGCACCCCUCUGGAAGCUGUGGGAACCGAAAACUCAAUUAA